GAAUAUCGAACUUGAAUCUACGAGUAAUUAAAUUAGGCAAAAGUCUUAUCCUAACUGGGUCGCAUCACCAAGGCUCGGGCCUAACCGAGCUGAAGCCCCCAACUUAAAUGACAGUUGACAUUUCCUGGGGUUUCCGCUUUUCUGUAACCAUAUCCAAAUAACUUAUCGAUCAUCAUGUCUGGCAAUACCAAUGCAUCACGCAAGGAUGCCCCGCCCAGGGCAGACCUGCGGACCAUGAUGGCGCAGCAGCCACUUCCGGUCAUCGCAACUGGAAUGAUAGACGCAGCAUCCAUGUCGGGUGAUAAAUCGACUGAGAAGGUUAGGGAGUUAUUAGAUAACUUCAAUACUGCACUGGCCAAUGGAGAUGCAAAAACCCUCGAACACUGCUUUUUUCCAACACAGGCAUAUUGGAAAGAUCAGCUGGCGCUCACGUAUCACCUGCGCACAUUUACCACUGCGAGUGUUAUUGCUGCGGCGUUGUUGGAGACGAAGGCAUUGAGAGGUGCCACGGAAAUUGUUGUCCAGGGCACGGCGCAGUUUAUUCCAGCCACGCCUAGCCUUCAAUUUAUUGAUUGUGGUAUACUAUUCAGAACUUCUUCACCAGGUGCUACGUGUACAGGAAAAAUAAUGCUACUGCCUGUCGAAAGCCAGAGCGGAAUCCAAUGGAAGAUUUGGAUUCUAAGCACGAUGCUUGACAAUUUGGAUUUACAGCGAGAGGAUCCGUCGCUGCUGCACUCUGCUGCGAGGCAAUUAAAAGGGGUUGAGAGCUUCGAAGCGGAUGUAUUCAUCAUUGGGGGAGGAAAUGCUGCCAUUGCACUCGCUGCGCGACUCAAAGCAUUAGGAGUGGAUAGUGUCAUGGCUGAACGAAAUGCCCAAGUCGGAGAUAACUGGGCUCUGCGAUACGACUGCAUGCGCUUCCAUAUCCCAACAUCAGUGUGUGACCUGCCUUACAUGAGUUAUGAAAAGAGGCUUCGAACACCUCAUUUUCUCAGUCGCGAUGAUCUGGUUUCACAGGUCCGGCGAUAUGUAGACGCUUUCAACCUGAAUGUUAUUACUUCCACGCAGAUUCAGUCAACGCUGUAUGACUCGUUAGCCAAACGCUGGAUAGUCAAGUUUCAGACUCCAGAUGGCCAAUGUAUAGCGGUAUCCAAGCAUCUGGUUCAAGCAACAGGCUUUGGGUCGCAGAAGCCCAACCUUCCUUCGAUUCCGGAUAGGCAUUUAUACCAGGGAAUCAGCGUCCACUCGGCGCAGUACCAGAAUGCCAGACAACUGAGAGAGAAGGGGGCCGGAUCAGCUUUAGUAAUUGGCUCUGCCAACACAGCAUUCGAUAUACUCGAAGAUUGCCACGCAGCAGGACUCCAGACAACAAUGGUCGUCCGAUCACCAACAUACAUCGUGCCCGUUGAGCACAUCUGCGACGGGCGAGCUCUUGGAGCCUACGAUGGAGGCGUCGAGGCAGCCGAUAACAUCUUUCUAACUAUUCCGACAGUGGUGGAUAGCCAGAUAAGCUGUGGUCUAUUUGCGCAGCUGGCAGCUAAUGAACCUACACGAUAUGCCGCCCUUGCUGCGACUGGCUUUCCUGUUGUUGAUAGCACUCAUCCGGACUCAGUCCUGAUGCAUAAUCUUCUCGAGCGAGGUGGUGGUCAUUAUGUAAAUGUGGGCGGUACUAAGCUGCUGGCUGAGAGCAAAGCUGGUGUCAAGGCUGGGGUUGAGCCAGUUGCCUAUACUAAGACGGGACUACUUUUCUCAGAUGGGAGUACCCUCAACGCAGAUGCUAUCAUAUGGUGCACAGGAUUCGCCGACAAAGACGUACGAACAACUGCAUUGGAAAUCCUGGGAAACACUUCAAUCAGCAACGGAAACAAACAUAUCCUCGGCCUCCGCGAAAUCGCCAACCGUGUCGAUCCAACAUGGGGUGUUGACGCUGAAGGCGAGAUCAGAGGCAUGUGGAAGCGUCAAUCAGAUCUGGACAACUUCUGGGUUAUGGGUGGUCAUACACAACUGCAUCGGUGGCAUUCGAGGACGUUGGCAUUGCAGAUCAAGGCAGAGCUGGAGGGUGUUUUGCCACCUGCUUAUCUAGAGACACCAGUGAGGAUAUCGGCAAAGAUGUAGUCCAUUCUAUAUCAUACUGCAUGUACAUGGUUACCAUCUAAAUGUGCUCCAAGAUACGCAAUCAAAUAUCCUAAAGCGGAAGGUGAAUAGCC